UUUAUUUAAAUCAGAAAAAUAUAUAGUAUAUCAUGUUAAAAUGUACAAAUAUAGAUAGAUUAAUUGAUACUAAAUCAUUAACACUAUAAACUUUCUUUAGCCAUAUACAUGCAUGUAUAUACCUGGUAAUAUUGUAUAGGCCUGAAGGCCACACCUGAGUGCUGGUCACCUAUAGCAACUGGUCAUGUUCUCACCUUUGCAGCUGAUUAUAAUUAGCCCCCUGGCCCUAUCCUCAGGUGUGACUGACAACCUGUUUAUUUCUUGCAGGACUGACAUGUAAGAAUUAUGUAUAAAAGCUUAGAUGAUUUAAUAAUGCUGUCAAGUUUGCUUUUAUGUAAAUUGUUUCAUCACAAUGUAGGGGGGAUCAAUAUUUUAUGGGGUAGGUCAUUAUUUUAUGCAUAAAAUACUGACCCGGGUCGGUAUUUUAUGGGGGGUCAAUAUUUUAUAUGACAGGGGAAGUAGAUCAGAUAACACCAGAACAGCUAGAUCUACACCUUCCUGUGGGCGUUUAUCCCGAGAACCCAUGUUUGGCAAGAUUAUUUACCAAUCAGAAGGAUUGUUUAAUUCAGUUGAUUUAAAUUUUGAUCAAAACUGGUAUUGUCAGGAUGAAAAUAACGAAUUGAUGGAGUUUAAUUCUGGUUCAAACUGGAAAUUUUUAUUCAGAAAGUAACAGAUUGAUCAAUAUGACAAGAAGGAAGUUAAUCAGUGUGGCUGUGAAUUCUGAAGGUAGAGAAAUAUGGACAGUGUAAAUUAGUGUGGCUGUGAAUUCUGAAGGUAGAGAAAUAUGGACAGUGUAAAUUAGUGUGGCUGUGAAUUCUGAAGGUAGAGAAAUAUGGACAGUGUAAAUUAGUGUGGCUGUGAAUUCUGAAGGUACAGAAAUAUGGACAGUGGUAAUCAACAUUCUGAUGCUGUGGCUGGACAACUUGGAUCAUCACAGUAACCCUGUGACAUCAUGAGGUAGUUAUUCUCUUGUGUUUUUACAUUACUGAUUGUUUAACAUAAACAUAUACUGGACGGGACAGUAUAACCAGGAUUUCAUUCUUCAAAUACAUCAACCAAAACUCCAAUUUAUUUGAUAAUAAUACAAUAUUGCUGUAACAACUGAAAUUGUAAUUUUCAUCUAAAUGGCAACAGCUAAAAUACCUAUCCGUACAAAAGGUCAGACAAUCUGUGUUCAUCACAAGGGGAAACAACUGGAAUUGUAUUGUGAAAAAUGUCAAGAACUGACAUGUUUAAAAUGCCUUUCCUCUAUUCACAAAAGCCAUCCAGUUUGUGAGCUCAGUGAAAUCACUCCUCAGAAGAAACAAGACAUUAAAAACUUUAUUGACAUAACAGAACAAAAUGACCUGGUACAAAUUGGUAAAUACAUCACCUCUACUGAUACACUCCUCAAUGACAAUGACAGCACAUUUGAGAAACUGUCACAUCAGUUGAGGAUGCAAACAGACAAAUUAAAACAAGAUCUUGACAUGCUCACAGCUGAGACACUAGCUCUCUCUUUAUCAGAAAAUGAAAGAGGACAAUUCAAAGCUGAUACAGAAAUACAAACAGGACCUGGAGAUGUACGACAAACAACUCAAACAACAAAUACAGGAAUGUAAGACAGCACUUCAGCAGGGUUCUGACUUAAACAUUUACGAUACAAGAUGUGAAAUAGAUUCCCAAAUACAUUUCCCUGUUAAACCUGUCCUGAGUAAUGUCAGCUUCACUCCAAACAAAAAUCCUCAAGGUCACCUAAAGCUUGCUUUAGGGAAAGUUAUCAUCUCAGGUCAAGGUCAAACAUCAACUGACCAGGAUCGGUCAGUCUCAACAUCAGAUGGUCAGGGACAGUCCUCUACACAACAACAAUCAGGAGAUAAAGGGAAGAAAGCAGUGACAAGGUAUAAACUACUGUCAGAGACCAAGGUGGUGGAGGAGUGGGAGUCUCCAUGUAUCAUUGGUUCUAUAUGUCCCACCACUGAUGAUCAGGCCUGGACCAGUAACUACAGUAAAACAUUAACUCUCCUGGACAGGAAGGGUACAGUAAUACAGAAGGUCACACACAAGGCUUGGAUCAAUGACAUCAGUCUGUCACCAACACAAAGACUGUGGGUCUGUGAUGGAGAAAACAACAUCCUGGAGCUGGUAUCAGGACAACUGACACACAGAUUCAGAACCAAGGAGGAACCCGAGUGUUUAUGUGUUACAGCCAGUAACCAUGUCAUUGUAGGCAUGUCCAAACACAUCUCUAAAUUUACCACACAAGGUCAGAAGGUGCUCACUACAAAGGCUGUAGGGACUGGGAAACCAUUAGUGUGUUCACCAUGGAGGAUCACAGAGUGUCCUGUCACUCACAAUGUCGCAGUGAUUGAUUCCAAUAAUAAAAGUGAUGGUGGUGAUGGAAACCAACAUGUUGUCAUGGAUACUAACUUCCAGGAACUGUUUGUAUACAGAGGUGACAUCCCCAGUACAUAUAAAACAUCACAAACAGGAGGUGAACCAUUUAACCCCCUGAGUGUGGUGUAUGAUAGUGUGGGGAACCUCAUCAUAGGGGACUUUAACAACAACAGGGUCCUACUCCUCAGUGGAGGUGGUGAGUUCCUCAGGAUCAUAUACACAGACACAGACCGGACACGAGCUGUAGGUGUAGACAGGAAGGAUUACCUGUGGGCAGUGUUUGGUGGUUACAAUGUAAAACUACUACAGUACAGAAGUAUGUGAUAGUUAUAAACUACUACAGUACAGCAGUAUGUGAUAGCUAUAAACUACUACAGUACAGCAGUAUG